AGACAGAGAGAGACGGAGAGAGACAGAGGGAGAGGGAGUUUGUUCAGUUUUGUUCUGGAUUGAAGUUGGAUGGGAAGAGACCAUUCAGGGGUUCUGAGGCCCGUCCUGAUGCUGUUACCAUAGCAACAUGACCCUCAACACCCAGAGAGAGAAGGAGCCUCUGCAGCGCCGAGCCAGCACCCCCGUCCCCUCCGCCCACUUCCAUCAGCACCCGCCCUGGGCACGGGAUGCCCAGCAGCCGGCCGCCGGCGGCACCCCGCCCGGCCCCGCCACGUCCCACACCCAGUCCUCCCAGUCCAGUGAACCGAAGUCCUCUCAAUCCUCCCAGUCCUCCCAGCCCAGCGAACCCCAGUCCUCCCAGUCCCAGGAUCAGCCCCAGUCCUCCCAGUGCUCCCGGCCCCAGCGCAGUCACCCUCCGCUGGGCCAGUCGGCGUCCUACCACCCCGGAGACAAGUCGCUCCUGUAUCGCGCCCACUGGAGCUCCGACUCGGACGACGACUCGCAGAGCGACUCAGACUGUGUUUACCGUGUGGUGUUGCUAGGCGACCAUGGUGUCGGCAAAACCAGUCUGGCGGGAAUCUUCGCCGGGGUGACGGACAAGGACGAGCAGUCUGCAGACACAUAUGAACGGACGCUGACAGUUGAUGGAGAGGAGACAACGCUCAUCGUCAUGGACACCUGGGAGAGUGACACUCAGGAAGCGGAGCAGGAUCGCUGUUUGAAAGUAGGAAGUGCUUACGUCAUCGUUUACUCCGUCACUGAUCGCUCCAGCUUCGACUCGGCCGCUGAGCUGCGCAUCACGCUGCGCCGCGCCCGCCAGGCCGAGAACCUUCCCAUCAUCCUCGUGGGCAACAAGAGCGACUUGGUCCGAUCCAGGGAGGUCGCCGUGGAAGAGGGCCGAGCGUGUGCAGUGGUGUUUGACUGUAAGUUCAUUGAGACGUCGGCGUCUCUGCAGCAUAACGUCACCGAGCUGUUCGAGGGUGUCGUCCGACAGAUCCGCCUCCGCCGAGAUGGAACUGAGGUCAUCCAACGCCGCCACUCCAUCUACAAACGCAAAGAGAGUCUUACCCAGAAGGCCCGGCGGUUCCUGGACCGGCUGGUGGCCCGGAACAACCAGCGCAUGGCCGUCAAGGUCCGGUCCAAGAGCUGCCACGACCUGGCGGUGCUCUAAAGGAACCUCGCUUUGACCCUGGUUCUCCAGCAGGAACCUUUCCUCAAAGCGGGUUCAGGAGGAGACAGGGGUCAGCAUUCAAUGUUACUAACUGGAUCUCCACAUAUGACCGCUGAACUGAUGCUUGUGACUGUGCGUGACCUUUGACCUUUGACUUUUUAACUGUUUCCACGCAGUGUCUCCCUCAGGGCCGGCGCCCCAUUGGCUGACCUCACUGACAUACAGGAGACUGAAAUCUAAUUGGUUGUUUUGAUGGGGAUGGGCGUGUCCUGGUAGAUGAUGACCACAGCAGAUGCCUGCACAUGAUUUAGACCAGUGGUGUUCAAAGUGGGGGCCGCGGACCCCGAGGGGCCCUGGACGCCCCCUGAGGAAUAGUUUAAAUACUUCUGAAAGUCGUCU